AUGGGUGCUAUUAGUUUGCCACAAAUUAGACAUUAUUGGUCAACACAUAACGGAAUAAACAUUGUCAAAAAGGCUAUGACAAGGAGAAGAUUUUUCACAAUCAGAAUUUCUUUGAAGAUAGUAUACGAUGCCGAUGUUUCAGAAGAAGAAAAAACUAAUGAAAUAUGGAAAGUUGCACCACUGUUCGAUGCUAUUCUUCGGGGUUGUCGCACUCAGCAAAAAAUGGGUCACAUCAGCAUAGAUGAAAUGAUUAUACCAUUUAGUGGUCAUUGCGGUAUACGUCAGUACUGCCCAGGAAAGCCUAAUCCCGUUGGUAUUAAGGUAUUUGUGCUUGCCAACCUGACGGGAUACGACAUUUCCAGAUCUGAUAGCACAAGGAUUUCAGAUGUGUGA